AUGGCCUCGCCGCCUCUGCCAAAGGCGUGUGUGGCGCGGAGCGGCGCAGGGGUGGCUGACCGGACUCCGCCUCCGUUGCCAGUUUCCUCUGUGCAUGCAGUUGGGUCUCCUUCCAGUCACGCUUCGCGCCUUCCGUCCCCGGUCGUCUCUCCGUCGCCCUCCUCAUCCCCCUCGCCUGCUGCCUGGUCUUCCGGGCCUCUCCCGCCUUCGCCAUCUCUCGCUCGGCGCACGGUCUCGCUCUCUUCUUCCACUCUCCGUCUCUCGCGUUCGGCUUCGUCUUCUUCUCUCCCCCCUCUUCCAGGGACGGCGCGUCCGCUCUCUGCCGCUGCGAGGCGCAGCCUGAAAGGCGAAGAAGCGCACCCGUUUCCUGCAGCUCCAGGCGUUCCGCAACCCGAGGAACCGGAACCCUCGCACGCACUCCCGCCCGAACAAGAGCGCGAGACGCGAGCAUCCGACACCCCGAAAGAAGCGCUUGACGGGUCCCCGCUGAAACAUCAGCAGGAACGAGGCCGGGGCCCAGAAAGCGUCGUCGCUGGUGCAUCUCGAGAACACCACCCGAGAGGCGAACCGAAAGCCCACCAGGCGAAGGCGGUCGUUUCCGGGGUUCUCGUUUGCGCAAGGGACAUGGCGAGCCCGCGAAGCGCAGCACGUUCAGGUCCAGGAGAGCGAGGAAUCCAAGGCGCGAAGGCCAACGAGAAGACGCGGUCCUUCUCCGGGCUCAGCGCGUCUCUGCCCCUCAACGAGGAAGUGAAACUUCAAUUUCUGAAGCUCACAGAGGGCUACACUCCCGCCAGUUCGAACGCUCUGGUGGCCUCGACGCAAAGGGCCGAGUCUCGCCCUCGCUUGCCCGAUGUGUCUUCAGCGCAGCCUCUCGAGUCGCCGCUCACGCCGUCCCCAUUCUGCGCAGCCAAACUGAACGAGGAAGAAGACGACCGCAAGUCUACGCGGGUACCCUCGCCUUCUCGCAGUGAGCGCAUGUCUUCCGUGUCUUCGGCCACCGAGAAUGACGAAGAGAAGGAGCGAAGCUACCGCGCGGCCUUUUCUCCCGACCUCGGGCACGAGCCUUCUCUGUCGCUUGGCAGAGCGCACCAACCAAACCCGACACGAGAUCCUUCUCCCGUCCACCCGGCCCGCAGCCUGUCCCUCAGUUCGAAGCUUCCCGUCAUCGUGCCGGGGUCUCCCGAUCGCACUGCCGCACGCAUCGAUGACGAAAAAGCUCUGACUUCCACACCUGCCAUUCCCUCGGCUUCGUCGCCCUCUUUCUCUUCCUCGUCUCUCUCUUCGUCUUGCGCUGCCUUCUCGUGCUCCUCUCCUUCGCUUUAUCGAUCGGAAUCCGGGAAUCUUCCGUCCGCGUGGGCGGCUGAGGCGUCCCCGUCGCUCCGGGCUCUGCCUGAGCCGGCUGACGAGCGCGAAGACGAGCUGUCCCAGUCGAUCUACGGCUCCAUGGAACGCGUGCUUUCUUCGCCCCGGCCGCUGUCUCCGUCGGUUCUCUCUCGACACGAGUCGCCGCCCAUGAGACGCGGCGAGAGACUCCCCGGCCGCUAUCCGGCGUACGCUGCGGGCCCGUCCACCGCCUCGAGCUUCGUGGGCCUCGCGAGAACGGGGCAGUCGCUGCAGACGCGGCUGCUUUUGAAUCUGCACAAGAGGCGGGAGGACGAAGAAGAAGAGAUGUUUCAGUUGACGGAGCGUCACGAACGCGAGGCGUCUGCGCUGCGCCAGCAGGUUUCGGAGCUCAAGAAGGCGCUACGAGACCAGCAAACCCAAGAGGAGUCUCGUCUCGCGUUUCUGCGCGAGCGAGAGAGACUACUCGCCAGCGCUCUCCAGGAGAAGGAGCGGGCGCUCGAGCGCGAGCGCGUCAAAGGAGAGGAGAAGGCGACGCUCGAGGCAAAGCUGCGCGAUGCGGAGCAACGCCUCGACGAGAAAGACUGGGUCACGAAACUCGAACGCAGGAACUUGGAAGCUGUGUGGCGCCGCAAACUCCUGGCCGAGCGCGAGGCCUUCCAGAGCGAAUUCGAGAAGAUGCUAAAGGCGAAGGAGGAACUGGAAAACUCGAAAAAGAGACUCGCGAACCAAGUCAAAACGCUCCGGGCAUGCGUUGGCUGGGUGCCGACCCCGGUGGAAGAAAGGACAAGAGAGAAAGCUCGCGAACAAGGCGACAGAGACGAGCCUGAAACCGAGGCACUUCAAAGGUCUGAGGCCGGACAAGAAGCGGAGAAAAACGGACCGGCACUGGAAAAACGUUCCGCGACAGCCCAGCUGGAGAGUGUCGGGUCUUCGGCCCACUUGGAGGGUGGGGAUGAGAACGAGGCACCAAAAGAGAAGAACCAAGAAGCGCGCGGAGCGGAGAGCGGAGCAGAAGACCCGGAAGUCGUCCCGUCCCCCACCGACAACAUCUCUGCAGUUUCCAGGAGCCUCCGCGUGACAAGCAACGGCGAAGAGGGAGACAGCGCGGGACAAGGAAAGCGAGAAGAGAAGGGCGAGGCGCUGGAAAACGUAGAGGUGGGUCGCCAGGAAGAACCGCUCGCCAAGGGUUCUGGCCCGGACAGAAACCCGUUUCGUCUGGACUCUCCGAACGGAAGUCUCCAGGUUGACCCCGCCUGGACGCAGGCGCCUGGCGCUUCGUCCCCUUCGCUAGAUCAGUCGACGAAUUCGCCUUUGCCUGCGGAGUCUUCUCUUUGCGGCAGCGAGACAGAACGGGACAAGACUCCGGGUCUGACGGGGUGCGACGCCCCAGCUCGCCUGACGCAGCUUGGCAGCGAGAAGGCGACAGGCGGCGUGCAGAGCGAGGAAUCCGGGGCGGAGAGGGGUUUUCUUUCGAGGAGAGGAGCAGUCCUCGGGGGCCGAGGGCGAGGCGGGAGGGCGCAGGGCGAAGUCCACGCCCACGGGCUUUUGAGGCCCACGAUGUCUCUCGCCGACGAAGUGUUUCUCGCGGAGCUCGCGGCAGCCGAGGCGGAACGAGGCAAGGCCGAGGAGAGACAGGCAGGCGAGGCACGCGCAAACGCUCCGGUCGCCGCGUCCAGGUGCUCUGAAGCAGAGCGGCCGUUCACCGCGGGAGCGGCGGAAAACGCGGACGAGAAGGCCCUCGGGUUGGCUCCCACGGACUGCGAAUCGGAUUCUCUGUGCGAACGGUGGGGGGGUCUGCCGACCUCUGGCGACGACAAAGAGAGAAGUUUCGAGCCUCCCUUUCCGCUGGUUGUGCCGGCGUCCGGGGCGGGCCUUCCCGCUCUCGCCUCGCCCCCAGGACAGUUCCUUGAUCUUGAAAAACAGCCGGUUCCCGAAGGCAAGGCGCAGCCUGAGGAAGGAGCGGCGCGCAGCUGCAUCGCUGGGAACAGCCCUGAAGCGUCUGCCUUGCCAGACAAGAGGGAAUCGGCUCUGUCGUGUCCCAGUCGCAUGCGCUCGCUGACGUCCCUGGCGCGCCUGCCUCUGUCGUGGAUGUGCCCGAGGCGCAGAAGCACUCUCGGAGACGUAGCUGUCAACCCUUCUGUGCGGCGCGCGUCGCCGUCGAAGGCUGCGUCUGGAUCUGUCGCGAAACCUUUUGAAGACGAAGAUGAGGCUACCGAAACGACGUGCCUAGUGCCCUCGAGACAGGAGACAGUCGCCCUGAAGCACGUGGAGGACUGGGUGUGA